CUUAUUUAUAACGCUUUUCAAAUUGAUAUAUUAGUGUUUUGCAUCAUGUUUAACAAAGCUUACUCAUCACCACUCGUUCAAAAUCUUGACAUGCUUUCUAAAAGUUUAUUGUCAUCUGACAGAAAGGGACGAUUCUUGUGUAAUAAAUCGAAGACAAAAUGAAGCAAACUGUUGACUACGGAGGAGCCACAAGCAGAGAGUGAGAUAGAGAAAAAGAGAGAAGACUAGAGACGUUUCAUAACUUUCGGAGUUAACCUAACCAGGGAUAAGUGGAUAACCAGGUUUUGCACCAUGUUAGCUCUGGUACGUCUCCGGCGUUUGGAAGCCCUGAGGAAGACUCUCACAAUUUCUAUAAGUAAAAACAAUCUCGUACGAACCAUAACCACAUCGCCAAAGAAAAAUGAGACAUCCGUACCUACUACCAAUACCUGUGAGCCUCCUAAGAAGUUCUGGGUGAGCUACGGCUUCGACUACAGCGAUGAGAACAUUGAUAAGCAUGGCAUGCACUCCUUGUUCUUCCUCGUGGUCUCUGUAGUAUUCUGUGGAGGCUUUGUGUUCAUGGCAUAUCAACCUGAUGCUGGUUUACGCAAUUGGGCACAACGGGAAGCUUACCUAGAGUUACGUCGACGAGAGGAGCUAGGAUUACCACCUAUUGAUCCAAAUCUUAUCGAUCCUGCUUUAGUAAAACUUCCCAGCGAUGAGGAACUUGGCGAUACAGAUAUCAUCAUCUGAAUGAUAUUUAUUUAAACUACUAUGUAGUGUGUAAGCCCCUAUCCUUUGUAUGCGUCUUAUAGUUCUAUGUAACAUACACUGCAAUGUACGUUUUUGUACAAUAAAAUGUUUGUGGUUCUAUCAUUUGUUGAAACACUA